GGCAAAGUCGAAGCAGUGCUAUCUAGGUGAGACAGAAGAUUCUACCAUGGCUUGCGAAAAGAAAAGAGUAGCUGUAAUCGGUACAGGUCCUGCUGGCCUUUGCACACUCAAACACCUGUCAUUAAGUUCAGAAGAAUAUGACAUUGUGGCCUUUGAAAGGAACUUUUGGCCUGGGGGAUUAUGGGUAUACACUGAUAUGACUGGCAAGGAUGAAUAUGGGGUACCCAUUCACUCAGCAAUGUACAAGAAACUCAAGACCAAUUUACCCAAAGAACUUCAAGAGUUUCCAGGAUUCCCCUACCCCAAAGAGUGGAAUUCCUAUAUAUCCAGGCAGCAGUGUCUCCAAUACUUGAAUGAAUUCAUCGACCACUUUGACAUCCGAAAAUACAUAAAGACAAAUACGCUCGUCCGAGAAGUCAGUCCGAUCAGCUCGACUGACAAAGUGCAAUGGAGCGUGAAAUACUCUGAUAUACGUAAACAAGAUGCGUCCACUGAGGAGAUCUUUGAUGCUGUUUUUGUCUGUAAUGGGCAUGACUCCAAGGCAAACAUUCCUACUGAUAUUGCUGACAUGGACAAGUUCUGUGGAAAAAUUUUACACAGCAGGGAUUACCGCCAUGUGGAAACAUUUGCCAAUCAGAAAGUGGCCAUUGUUGGCAUGCACUACUCUGGGGAAGACAUCGCCAUUCAGGUCUCAACAAAAGCAAAAAGGGUUUACGCAGUCCACAGAAGAAAAACAAUGUCUCCAUCGUUCCCAGAUGACAUCAUUCAAAAGCCACCCAUUGUACGCAUGACAGAAACGACAGUUGUGUUCUCCGAUGGAACUGAAGCUGAAGUGGAUUCCGUCAUUUUCUGCACUGGAUACAAAUACAGCUUUCCAUUUCUACAGGAAGGUCUAAUCAGUACAAAGAAUGAGAGGGUCACUCCACUCUAUAAACAUAUGGUUCACAUUGAGUACCCAAGUCUCAUUUUUGUGGGAAUUCCAAAGCAAUGGAAUCAUUUUCCACAGAUCCACAAUCAGUCCAGAGUUGCUGUUGCAGUUUUGGAGGGCAUAGCACCACUUCCAUCAAAAGAGGAAAUGAGAUCUGAGAGUGAUCAAGAAUAUCAGGAUCUUCUGGAUGCAGGAAAACCAGUUACCUACUACCAUUUCUUUGGAGAUGAAGAUCGCCAGUGGAGAUUUAACAAAGAACUCGCAGACUGGGCUGGAAUUGAGCCCCUUCCACCAGUCAUGCAGAAGCUUAAUGACUAUGUGAUGCUGGAAAGGUUUAACAACCUGCUAGGCUUUAACAAGCUUAAUUAUGAAGUCACCGAUAGUGAAAACUUCAAAGUUCUAAACAAGUAACACCUAAUUUCCAUGGUUAGCAUAAAAUCAUCGAACUUUUUCAUUUUUUUUUUUUGAACUUACAAAUUUAUCAAAAUAGAUCUUACCUACACAAACUUUGAUAAUGCCUGUUAUAAAACAAAUAGAUAACAUUUUGUGUUGUUCUAUGCAUUUGUUUGUUGAAUAAAAAACAACAUUCCUGAA